AUGGAUGUGGUUCAACAACUCGAGCAGAACGGCGCAAUCAAGUGCAUUGACAUGCAUACCACCGGAGAGCCGACUCGCAUCAUCUAUUCCGGCUUCCCUCAUUUGACGGGAACUCUUCUCGAACAGCGUGACCAGGCCAAGAGCCAAUACGACAAAAUUCGAAAGCGACUUAUGUUGGAGCCCCGUGGACACUACGACAUGUACGGUGCGAUCAUCAUUCCGGAAACCGAACUAGUUCAAUCUGGCGAGGCGCACAUUGGAACUCUGUUCACACACAACAGUGGUUUUUCUACCAUGUGUGGACAUGCCACGAUCGCCCUUGGCCGGUUCCUAGUCGACACCCAUGAUCUCACCGUCUUCCCACGACGAAAGGAUUUGAAGCCCGAUCUUGCUGCUCGCGAGGUCAAGGUCAACAUCCAUGCGCCCUGCGGUCUUGUGCGCGUUACAGUUCCUACAUCCGAGGACGGUCAAAAGUCCGAUCCCUCUCGCCCUGUCACAUUCCUCUCGACCCCAGCGUACUGCGCUGCUACAAGCUUGCAGGUGCCUAUCCCUGCCGAGGUGAGGUGGCCGGAGCUUGGUGACAAAACUUCCAUUGAGGUCGAUAUCUCAUACGGUGGCGCAUUUUACGCGUUGGUCGAUAUACAAAAACUCGGAUUUUCGACUGGCUUGCGUAACUUCAACCUCGACGCUGUCACGUUCGCUGUGAAAAAGUUGAAGCGCCACCUGGAAACCGAUCCACAAGUCCGCAAAGCUUUGCAGCAUCCGGAGGAUCAGAGACUAUCCUUCUUAUAUUCUGUUAUGGUAGUCGAUCACGAAAUUGGGUUCAAGCCUGACAGCGUUGCAGGGGCAGAGACAGGUCUAUGUUACUUCGCCGGUGAUCAGAUUGAUCGAUCUCCUACAGGAUCAUGUGUGGCAGCGCGAAUGGCAUUGGCUCAUGAAAAGAAGUUGAGAGCCAAGGGCCAGGCCUGGGCGUAUAACUCGCUUGUGUCGAAUCAUUUUAAUACUGGAGCUUUCACCGCAACGAUUGUGGAAGAGGGUAUCCCCAUAGAAGGUCAAAACAGCGAAACGCGACAUGGUGUGGUGAUAUAUGUUCAAGGGAAUGCUUAUUACACUGGAACCCUAUCAUUCACCGUCGAGGAGGAAGACUUGAUAGGUGAGAGUGGUUUUGUUUUGCAGACCUGUGCCCAGUGA